AUGUCUCGUCUUCCGAUUUCGAGUCAGGUUGCGCCCUUGGCUGCCGUGUCACCAUUCGGCCGAGACUACGUCUUUCAUCUAUACACACCACAUGACCCGUCCUACACCAGCGUCCUUGCCUAUCCCAUCGAGCUCUCUUUCAGCCAUAACUUAAGCUCCAGGUUCUUCCCACCUGCUGUUCUGCACCUCCAAAAUCGCCUUUCCUCGUGUAUCACAGACUUGGCGUCCUCGUCCUCGAACCAGGCCGUGGCCGGUCUGCUGUCCACAUGGCCAGAGACUACUGCAAGCCGCAGUGGAGAUCGUCAAUUUCCGUUGGUCAACAAGCAAAGAUGUCAUCUCAUCCUCCGCGGUCUGUCUCCAUCCGCAGCCAUGAAGUUCACCUCUUCUCUAUUGGCCCUGGCCGUCGCUGCCCUCGCAACCGAGGAUCACGACUGGGGCAAGGACAAGACCAAGACCAUCGUCACAGAAAUAUUGACCACGUACACGGCCGUGUGCCCUAUUACGAUCACCAAGCCCGGCGAACACACCACCCAGUACAAGACCCUCACCACCACCUCAACCGUCGUGGAGAAACACCCCACGACCAUUUACGAGACCCUCCCUGGAGCCACCAAAGUUGUGACGGAAAUCGACACAGACUACACCACCUACACCACCUACUGCCCGAUUACGGAGACGGUCGUCGGAGAAGGAACGACGAGGACCAUUUUGUACACUACACUCAGCACCGUCAUUGAGAAGAAGCCGACCAAGGUCAUCGAGACCAUUCCAGGCCCGACAGCGGUAGUGACAGCUACCGACGUCCAGCUCACAACCCUCACCGAGGUGAUUGUCGAGACCAAGACGGCGCACGUCGAGGUCACCCAGGCCGUGACCACCGGCAGCGAGAGCGCCGUGACGCAGAAGUCGUGGGUCUACGUCACCGUCUCGGGAACCGCGUACGCCACGCAGACCCGGCCCGCCAGCACCUUGGUCGUCCCCACCACGAGCGCCGUGACCCUUCCUCCGGCUACGGUCUCAAGCCAAGUGCCGGUGGUGGUGCCGACCGCAGCCGCCGACGCCCGCAGAGCGCCCAGGGCCGCCUUGCUGGCCUGUCUCUUUGGCGCUGUGGCGCUCCUCUAG